ACCGGAAGUGGCUUACUGCGGCUAGAUUCCCAUUGAUGCCAAUGGUCGAUUUGCCGGGAUACGAAACGGAUGGAGAGUGCAGACGUCGUGUUUACGGAAGAACGUGAGAGGUCGUGAAGAUGAGUUCUCAGCAGUAUCCACGUCCAGGACUCCCAUCUGGCCUGGGACAAGGACAAACACCAGGCAGCAAGACUACAGGACUUCCAGGAAGUCAGAAGAACACAGGAGGAUAUGAAGACUCUAAUCAUGCUCCACGUGAGCUGAUGUCCAGCGGAGCCACAGCGUUCAGAGAUGACAAGCAGGAGACGGUAGUGGUGCGACCCUACCCGCAACCCCAGACUCAACCCUCGCCCCACGGAACAGCUCAGUCUCUGCCCCCUCUUCUCCCUCAGCACCUCCCCAUCCAGCCAGGCACGCCUGUCUCUGUGUCAGCACCACCAUCCCACCUCCCUCAGGGUCUUUCCCUAGCCUUCACUGAGGGUCCUCUGAAGUCUGCUCUGAAGACGCCCACGCCAAGCCGUGUAAUAGCUCCAGCACCUUUGUCAACACCGGGCCACCUCACUCUCCCCCCUAAGGUGUCUGGUCAUAUCACCACUGCCAUGGAGUCUUCACAGGCCUCUGGUAUUCCUGUGGCGACCAUCAGUGGUCAGCAGGGUCACACUGGUAACCUGCAUCAUCUAAUGACCAACGUGCAGAUCAUCCGCAGCGGAGCCCCUGCGCUGCAGAUCGGCUCCACUGCUGCCCCUCCGCAUCCAUUCACCUCCCAUUUACCCAGAGGAGCGGCUGCUGCGGCUGUGAUGUCAAGUUCCAAAGGAACCACAGUGCUGAGACCAGCAGCCUGUCCGAGCUCCGCCACGGGGCAGCCUACAGUCCAGCACAUUAUCCACCAACCGAUUCAGUCUAGGCCUAUAGUCACUACCUCUACGGCAGUGCUGCCUAUAGUAGUGGCUCCAGUGACUGCAACCAGACCUCAGUCUCCGGUUAUCACUACAGUGGCUGCCCACUCUGGAGACAUGGUACACGGUCGCUCGGCAAUGACGAUCCACCCACCCCAAGCCACCUUGAGUAUUCAGCGCCCCCCACCCUCACGGGAUAUGCCCACACGGAUCACCCUGCCCUCCCACCCUGCCAUUGCUGCUCAGAAAGCCCUUUCUCACUCUGUUGCACAGAAGCCCAUUUUCAGCACUGUGACACCUGUUGCUGCUGCAACAGUGGCUCCAAUUCAGGCCACCAAUACUGCACCAGCACCCACUACCACAGGCUUCACCCCACACACUCAAAUAUCCAGUAGCAGUAUUGUCACUAUGACGGUGGCCUCCCACUCCUCUCAUGCCACAGCAGUGACCACAUCCACCAUCCCUGUGGCUAAAGUGGUCCCGCAGCCCAUCACACACACGUCACCACGUAUCCAUUCCGAGUACACUGGAGAAAGGGGCAACCUCAUCCCUAUUUCUGGUCACCGCUCUUCUCCCAACCCCAUCACCAUGGAGAACCGCACUGACAACAGACAAUCUGUUCCAGUGCAGUUUCAGUACUUCCUGCCCACCUACCCAUCAGCACCGUACCCGCUGACCCACACAUACACCCCCAUCACCAGCUCUGUCUCGUCCAUACGCCCUUAUCCAGUAACUGCUCAGGCGCCCAGUGCAGCCAUGCCCACUCAAGCCAGUGUAGGAGUCGCGUCUGCAGUUCAUCUGAACUCCAUGCAGCUGAUGACGGUGGACCGCAUUACUCAGAUCAACACUAAGAACAUCCAACCGGCUGCCAUGGCAGCGCAGGGCAUCCAACCCACACCCAUCCCAGCCCAGGGCCUUCAUACGUCUGCCCAGAUCACCACCCCGAGCAUUCAGCAUACACCAGUCAACCAACAACAGCCCCCAACAGAGUCUAAAGCUUCAGUGGUUCUGGCUGAUGGUUCCACACUAGUGGCUAACUCUAUUAGCAAUGCAUUCAACAACAGUCAGCCUGCCACCACUGUGGCCCAGACGCACAAUCAGAGUGCCAACGCUGGAACCCCCUUACUUGUGACGUCUCCUCGACCCAGUAUUUUGCGCAAGAAACCUGCCAAUGAGGGUGCUGCUGUUAGGAAGAACCUGAUCCGCAUACCUGCUGCCAUGGCAGUCGCCCCGCAAAUCCCCUCCAUGGCCAAUGUAGUGUCCCCGCCCACUCAGCCAGCUGCCAGCACUAAUUCAGCAUGUGCCAUCAGCUCCACCCUCCCAGAGAUGAAUAUUAAGCAGGAGGUGGAGCCUAUGGAUAGUACAAAACCAGUGGCAUCAGGGCCAAACAGUGGUGCACAGAUGUUGGCAGUCCCUGCUGCAGACAUCACCCCUGGAGCCUCACCCAGAAAGAAGCCCCGCAAGCAACAGCACGUCAUCUCCACUGAGGAGAGCGAGAUGAUGGAGACCAACAGCACAGAUGAGGAGAAGUUCCCACCCGAACCCCUCAGCCAACGUGCAGAGAAGCGCAAGUCCCCUCCUAAAGAAUACAUUGAUGAAGAGGGAGUUCGGUAUGUUCCUACCAGAGUUCGGCCUCCGAUCACUCUACUGCGCCACUACCGCAACCCCUGGAAGGCGGCAUACCACCAUUUUCCGAGAUACAGUGACAUCCGUGUCAAGGAGGACAAGAAAGGCACCCUGCAGGAUGUGGCCAAUCAGAAAGGAGUGGUGUGCAGAGCCCAGGGCUGGAAAAUUCACCUCUGUGCAGCUCAGCUCAUGCAGCUGACAAAUCUGGAACGUGAUGUUUACAGUCGUCUGACGACUCUUCAGGAAGGCCUCGUCCCGAAGAAGAAGGCUGGAGCCAAUGAUGAUCUUCACCGUAUAAAUGAGCUCAUUCAGGGCAACAUGCAGCGCUGCAAGCUGGUGAUGGACCAGAUCACAGAAGCCCGUGACUCCAUGUUGAAGGUGCUGGAUCACAAGGAGCGUGUGAUGAAGAUGCUCAACAAGAACAGCAGCACAAAGAAGCUCAAUAAGCUGAAGCGUAAGGACAGAGCAUGAGACAAACUGACCAGAUAUGGGACAGAGUUCAGCACGACCACAGACCCUCCUGCACCUCGACCCCUAGCAUGCAGGCACACUGCCCUGCCUCACCCUAUCUCUACCAGAAGACAGUCCUGGUCUGUCGGCAAGAUGUCUUCAUCUGGCACACCCUUCCUUUCCCAGAAUCUGUAGGGAACAGCAAUGUUAAAUUAACCACAACAUGCAUCCUUAACUGUAUAUUCACUGAAAUAUGAAUGUCUGAAUGUUUGAUUUCAAUCAAGACAUCUUAAUUCAGUCACAAAGAGGUUACUUGAGAGUAGUUGUUGGAUGUUAUACGUAAUCAUCCAUGGAUGAGCCACAGAUAUCCGUAAAAGCAAUGUUGUACAUCUUCAAGUCUAUAGAUUAUAUUCACCACUUUUUCAUUUGGGUGCCUUGAAUGGUGACCUGCUAUUGACAGUCUGUACUGUGGCUGUAUUACACAAUGGCUGUUCUUCGUACUGAAAGGUUUCCAUUUUGUAUUGUAGCGUUCGAAACAAUAAGAAUUGAGAAGCCAUAACAACACCAUCCUCUCCGUCCUAGGUGAACAAAGACUGAAGUUUUUUACCACGUGUAUUGUGGGAAACGUUAAAGGUGCUUUGGUGAAAUGGAGUAUUGUGCCUUUCCGUGUGCCUCAUAGGAUGGGUUUGGUGAAGGUUUAAUGGAGUCUAAAUGUCUGUGUCAUUUUACCUUCUCACGUCUCUGCCUGUUGAUUUGUGAGGAAUGUUUUAUGUGUCAUCAGUCUUGCUAGCACUGCUCCAGCUAUGGCUUUCUGGAUUGGCUCUUUAUUUGGGGGGGGGGAUUUCAUUCAAGCAUUAAAGGUGUGAAAAUCAUGUUCAGAUAUGACAUGUCAAUUACAAUUUAGAGGAGAGAUUUGAUUGUGCGUAUGCACACAGUUGUGUAUCUAAGUUAAACCCAAGUAUGU